AUGGCUGUUGAUAAAUCCAGGGGAAAGGGUGACACAAUGCAAGCCAGCUCUGAUCAUAUCGACGAUUUACAAUCCUUUCAAGAGCAAGAUAUUUCCCUUGAUAAAGAUGUCACUGAUGUCAACUUCAGCAUGGCAGAAGAGGAAUUCAUUGCUCACGAGAAGAGUUUGGUGAGGAAACUCGACUACACACUCGUCCCUAUGUCUCUAAUAGUAACUGGUCACAGUCAAGCCCGAUUGAGCUCAUUUGAGAAGAAUCUCAAUCUGACUGGAAAUCAAUUCAACGUUGCCGUUUCCAUCCUGAACAUAGGCUACAUGUUGAUGCAUCUUCCCAGUAACAUGCUCAUAACUCGGACACGGCCCGGCAUAUACAUCCCUGCUUGUACAUCAUUGUGGUCUAUCGUCUCAGCUGCCACGGCUGGAGCUGGCAAUUACACCCACCUUCUUGUUAUACGACUCUUUCUUGGCAUCGCGGAAGCCCCGUUCUUCCCCGGAGCCAUGUAUCUUCUAUCAUGCUGGUAUCCACGCAAAGAGCUAGCAUUGUGCACUGCCGUCUUAUACUCUGGCGUCCUCCUUGCCACGGCAUUCUCUGGACUUAUUGCUGCUGGCGUGCUCUCGAGCCUCGAGGGCGCAAGGGGCAUCGCUGGUUGGCAGUGGCUGUUCAUCAUCGAAGGAGCUGGAAGUUUCACCGCAGCGCUUCUAGGUUUCGCGCUGCUUCCUGACUUCCCCGGACAGAGGUCGGGUGUUGCCAAGUGGUUGCUCACAGAUGCUGAGCAAAGAGUCGCGGUUGAGCGUAUUCGAAGAGAUCGGGUUUCUUUACCAGAGGCAGACUCGAGUGUCUGGAACGGGCUGAAACUUGCCAUCAAAGACCCCCGUACUUGGGUAUUCCCGGCCCGCGAUUAG